GUGAAAUAAUUUUCACCCAGUCUUCACUGUUGAUUCAAAAAGAAGUGUCGAUGGACAAAAUGAUCUUUAAUUGUCAGCUUCCACUCAUUGUACGAAUUAAAGGCGUUUCAAUGCUGAGAAAAACAUUGAAUUCCAUUGAUUACACCAAAAUGUCAUCCGAGCAGAGAGACUUGCUGCAAAUGGAGAUGAAUAAACUUUUAGAAGGUCAGCUGCAAGAUGAGCCCCAACUUUUGAUUGAGGUUCUACUAAUGAUGCAAGAAUUCUACAAAAAUUUCAAAGAAACGACAAGCCAAUACCACGAUGGCGGAUUAACUUUCAUCACUAACAUUGUGAAAAUGUCGUUCACCUUGCCUGUUUACUUGCACGAUGAUCGCUUCUUCCAUUUGCUGAAGACCGAAUCUCAUUUGGUGAUGAAGCAUUGGAACAAAUUGCAAAAGUUUUUCGUUGAAGCUGUAAAGACCAAUGCUGACAAUUGUAAGUCAAACUGUAUCACUCAGAUGAAAAUCGCCUUGUUUAUGCUGGAGAGCAGAGUUGACCUCGGAAAUGACAGUGUCAUCGUGGACCUUCUUAAAAUUGCAACACCUAUUUUUCUUGAGACGUACAUGAGUUUGGAAGACGCCUCUUUAAUUCAUUCAAUAUGUGAUUGCCUCAAAAACAUCAGUCAAAAAGAUCAAUCAUUUCUGGAUUCAAACAAGGAAUCAAUCAUGUACCUUGGUGUUCUGCAGGUCACUGCUUCUGGAACAAGUACGGGAAAAAUUGAACAAGGCCUAGACUUGCUGCUCCUUGUGCUGACCCGUAGCGACAGAAACAAAACUAUUAGCAAAAUGAUUUUGAAGCAAAAGUCCUUGCUGGAAAAAUUUGUGCUCCAAUUAAAAACUCUGCGAUUUGGAAACAGUCAAUUAAGCAGGAAGGCAGUCGUUGUUUUUUGGCAAGUUGAAAACACCAUCCAAAAUCUUUUGGCAAGCCAGGACAAAUUUGCAGUAGUGUCAGUGUCAACCCUCCAAAGCUUGAUGGCCCUCUUGAACAGCACAUUGCACGAAGACAAAAUAAAACAGGACGUGUCAGUGAUUGGCAAGUUGACCAAGAAAAUUAUAAGUUGCAUACCAAAUGAAGCAAGCGGAAGUAAUUUGGCCAAUGAUGUGACAAAAGAAGCACCAUCAAAUCCUUUGGCAGAUGUUUCCGAAGCAUCUAUGGAAACAAAUAGCGAGGACCAGCGUCAUGAAAGCUAUGUUGAUGAUGGUCAUGGAGAAACGGAUAAUCUAGAAUACGAAGAAAAUGAUGAGCCUGCAAAUAAAAGGACGAAGCCGACGCUCACUAAUAAAAUGGUUGUCUAUGACUCUCAAAAAAAGCAUAGUUACAUCGUAUCCUUGGACGAAAACAGAAACAGUUACUACUGUGAUGACUGCGGAACCGGCUACACAACCAGAAGAAAUCUUUACCAACACAUCAAGAUGAGACACUUUCCCAGUUUUGUCCGAGGCUUUACUACGUGGCCUAGGGAUUACGGAGAACCCAAAAUUGGCAGCUCUUACAUCAUUGAUGGAGAAGAAAUUUACCUUAAGAGUGUCUAUGACACUAGAAUUAAAUUUCAUGUUCCUGAUGUUCCUAAAAAUGUUGAAGAGAGUGCCUCGACCUCAUUUAAAACAAUGCUUGAAUUCUGGAACCAUGACGCAGAUAAAGACAAAACGUCAAAUGAACAGAGCCUAAAAGCUAUGCUAACUGCACCACCAGUAUUUGUACCCACAGAAAAUCAAAACCAGGAAGAGGACGAAGAGGAUUUGAAGCUUCUUUUAAACCUCCACGUGAAAGGAAAGACACCCCUGCAGGUGGAGGUGGUGGACUUGUGUAGUUCGGGGGGUUUCUUUCAAACUUUGCAGAAAGGUGCCAACAUCAAAAUCACGUCAGGAGUCUACCUUGUGCUAAGUCAGGAGUUGGUGAACAAAAUCCUAAACCCAGUGGAAUCGGCAAAGAAGGCGUUUGACGAGUUAAAAAAUUUUUUUGCCUCAGAAAAUAGAGAGUUUGAUAAUGUAGAGAAAAGAGCAGGACAAGAAGUCUUUGACGACAAGCAGGCAGUCAAGUUUCUGAGUGGUGGUCUACUUAUUGUUAAGUUAAGGUUGAACGAAAUCUAUGUGUUGGUUAACUUUAGCCUGGUUGCUUAUACCGUAAUUUGCGUUAUUGGAAAACUUAGUCAGUUUGUCAAAAGCUACCUAGGAAUAUAG